UACGUCAACUCAAACUCAGUAGUGAAACAAGUGCCGCGAUGGGAGGUGUUACAUCAUUUCACAUUUUCCACUCCUAGUGUUUAGUUUACCAUUUCACUCGCGUAAUGAAAUUAAGCCCACCACAAUGAGACACAGAUAGAAUAAAUAAGUGUGCGUUUUAGAAUUUGUGACCUCGUUCCUUUCGCCACACUUUCUUUUGUUUCACCUUCGAGAUCUGCAGUUCGCGAGGUUUCGCGAGAAAGGUCGUCAAAAAGCCGGUUGCGAAAAUGGAAAAUUCGUCAGGAACCAGUCGAAUGUGUGAAAGACAGGAAGAGUCAUCGCUCAAAAUGGAUGGAAGAGAACAGAGAGCGGCACAGAAAGAUGCCUUUUGGGUGUUCGGGUAUGGAUCUCUGUGCUGGAACCCAGGCUUUCAAUACAAACAGUGUGUUACCGGAUACGUAAAAGGAUUUUCAAGAAGAUUUUGGCAAGGGAACACCACUCAUCGCGGGACCGAUAGUAAACCUGGCCGAGUCGCAACACUCGUCGAAGACAAAGAAGGCAUCACAUGGGGCAAAGCGUUCCUAGUGGCAGCCGAAGACACAGCCGCGCUCCCCUACCUAGACACCAGAGAGUGCACCCUCGGUGGCUACAGAAUAUACACCGUGAACUUCCACCCACGGCCUGACUGCUUCUCUUCAGCACCAAGUAGCCUCCAAGAGAAGAAAAACGCGGUUCUGUACAUCGCAGUGCCAGAGAACAAACACUGGCUGGGCGCGGCACCGCUACCUGAUAUAGCGAAGCAGAUUCUAGAAUGCCAUGGACCGUCAGGUUCGAAUGUUGAAUAUUUGUUAAGACUGGCAGAGUUUAUGAGGGAUGAAGUACCAGAGGCUCUAGAUGAGCAUCUGUUCUCUUUGGAAAGGUUAGUGAGGAAAUUUGCGUCGGAUAUGAAGAUUUGCUUGAAGUCUAUGAUGGGUGGAGUGGAUAAUGAAGAAGAGGUAGUGAAGGAGGAAGUGAAGGUUGUGGUCCCGAGCCUACAGUUCGCCGCGAGAGUUCCGGAGAAGAAGCUGCGUUGUGUCAACAUGUGAUUGAAUUUCGGAAUUCGUGUUCUGAGAAUGUGAUUAUGUAUUUAAUUUUGAAACCAGCUGGACUGAGUAUUUGAUUGUUUUUUUGCAUUGUUCUAAAAUAGUUUUGGUUCUGAUGUGCUCCUUUGUGACAACCAUUUUGACGGUAUGAAAAAUAAUUAUGACUUUGAAUUUGCAAUAGUCCAGGAAUGCCAUGAUCCCAGAUGGUUACGGAAUUUUAGGAUUUGGAGCGGAGCCUGUUAUGCCAUCACUACCUCUAAUACCACGCAAUAAAGUAGAUGUUUGACAUGAUACAUAAUAUUUAAUUUAUAUAACAUAAUAUUUUGUUGUCUUUAAUCUCCAAAAACAUUGACUUAAUUUAGUUUUAGGUACGAAACAGAUCAAAUUACAUAAGAUGACAAUAGAAUAUUACGACAAAACGAUACUCUUCGGGUAUGAUUCUUGGUUGAUUGACUCAUGAUUGUUAGACCGACGAUCGUUUCGGCCAGAAAUUUGUGUUGCGCGAAACAUUAUUUCUACCUUAAAUGACUCAAUCAAGUCAUGACAUAUUCUUCAUGAUCAAAAAAAGAAUCAAGCAAACUAUAAUAUUGUAAUAAAAUACUGAAAAAGUUUGUAAAAUUAUUAUAGAUAUUUCUUUUUCUCACUGUUUAUAACAACGAAAACGCACAUAAUUUAAAAGACAGACCAAAUACAAAGUAAAUGACAAGUAUUAUUGUAUGGAUCUAGAUAUCAGACGCAAUUAGUAAAUAUUAUUUUAGUUCAAUAUAUUUUAAGAAUUAUUGUUAAACUCAUUUGUUCAAGAAUAUACUUCCAUUUUAUUUUGCUACGCAAAGUUUAAUUAAGUACGAAAUAUUUUUAUAUCGACUAUUUCAAGAAUUACUUAUUAUUUAUCGUAAUGUUAAUUUAAUCUUGGCUAGUUACAAUUGUGAGAUUUGUAUAUUACCUCUAUUAUAACUAUCUUAGAGUUGAACUCAUAAGGACAAUCUUUGCUAUGACAUUUAUGUAAGUAUGUUACUCGAAAAUAUGAAACUGUAAUGUAAAUUAGUAGAUUAAAUUUUUUGUAUGACAAUUACCUAAGAUUGUGAUGCUAUUUCAUGAACUAACUAAAGUGAUACAAAAUACAAAGUUACAAAAAUA